GGAUCAGUGUGUAGUAAAAGCAUCAGCGCGGCGCGUCCGGGGCUCAGUCUGUGGAAUAAACGCGGCGCGCGCGGAUCGACCCUCGCGUUUGGAUAAAACUGGACACGCGGUUUUUACAUUUUUACAUUUUUUUGUUUUUACAUUUUUUACAUUUUGGACACGUUUUAACCCGAGGAAGUACCACGGGACUCGUGUUUGAGUGAAGAAGGAUUUACAGCCGCGGGUGGAGUGUUUUCUUGUCACUUUAGUUGGAGCAGAGGCUGGAGGUGCGGGUGGAGGCGCUGGUGGUGUUGGGGUUUGGUGGAGCUGCUCUGGGGACGCGAGGAUGGCAGCUUGGAUCACCUUCAGCAUCGCGUUUAGUUCCACGGUGAUCUCACAGGUCUGCGGCUCGGGCGUGUUUGAGCUCAACUUACACGAAUUUAAGAACAACAAAGGCCUUUUGGCGAACGGCAGCGCGUGCAAACCCAACUGUAGGACUUAUUUCAGAGUGUGUCUGAAGAACUACCAGGCUGUGGUGUCCCCGGGGGACUGUAUCUUUGGGACAUCAGUGACUCCGGUGCUGGGGACAAACUAUUUCAACGCGAGAGACACUGUCCCCGCGCACAAACCCAUACAGAUCCCCUUCAACUUCGGAUGGCCGGGCUCGUUCUCUUUAAUCAUUGAGGCCUGGCACUCACCGCACGGACGUCCACCUGCGGACGGCUCCAGCUCAGACCUCCUCAUCAGCUUCUUCUCCAUCCAGAGGGAGCUGGGCGUGGGCUCGGACUGGUCCCAGAGCGUCCAGCUGUGGAGGCAGACGGAGCUCAGAUAUUCAUACAGGUUCAUCUGUAACGAGAGCUACUACGGCGAGUCCUGCUCCAAGAAGUGCACGCCACGAGACGAUCGCUUCGGUCACUACACUUGCACCAGAGACGGGCUCCUGGCCUGUCUGCCCGGAUGGAAGGGCAAAUACUGCGAAGAACCGAUUUGUCUGGACGGCUGCAGCGAGAGGAACGGGAACUGCUCCAGCCCCGGAGAGUGUGUGUGCAGAGACGGGUGGCAGGGCCCGUUCUGUGACGAGUGUAAAAAGUACCCGGCCUGUAAACACGGGACCUGCCUCCUGCCCUGGCAGUGCAACUGUGAAGAGGGCUGGGGCGGCCUGCUGUGCGACCAAGACUUAAACUUCUGCACUCAUCACCAGCCGUGUGUGAACGGCGCCACCUGCAUGAACAGUGGUCAGGGCAGUUACACCUGCACCUGCCUCCCCGGGUUCACAGGGAAAGACUGUGAGCUGCUGAUGCAGGAGUGUGACAGCGCCCCCUGCAGGAACGGGGGAGUGUGCACGAACCUGGAGCGUGGUUACCUGUGCUCGUGUCCUCGUGGUUUUGAGGGUUCUCACUGCGAGCACGGCGUCCUCACCUGCGCCGACUCGCCCUGUUUCCACGGCGGCCGCUGCAGUGAGAGAGAGGGGGGGCGGAGCUACAGGUGCGACUGUCCGAGGAGCUACACCGGACGCAACUGUGAGAAGAAGGUGGACAAGUGCACGUCCCUGCCCUGCGCCAACGGUGGGCAGUGCCUGAUCCACGGUGGCGUGAGCGUGUGCAGUUGCCGCGCCGGCUUCGUUGGCGUUCGCUGUGAGAUCAACAUCAACGAAUGCGCCGGGAACCCGUGUCUGAACGGCGGCACGUGUCAGGACCGCAUCAGCGACUACGCCUGCGUCUGCCCCAGCGGCUUCACGGGCCGAAAGUGCGAGCGCCCCCUGGACCCCUGUACCGUCCAGCCCUGUCUCAACGGCGGAUACUGCAACUCCGACGGCGGUGCCGGGAACACCGCCGCACCCACGUGCAUCUGUCCGGCCGGAGUUACUGGACCUCGAUGUGAAUACUUCGCAGCUUUGGCGUCGUCCACGAGUCAAGGAGGGUUCCAGUGGGCGGCGGUCUCGUUGGCGGUCGGUCUGGUGGCGUUGCUGGUUCUGCUGUGCAUGGUGGGACUGGCGUUACGGCACAUUUACCGACAACGCCAACGAGAGCGAGAAGACACGGAAACUAUGAACAAUUUAUCGAACGUACAGAAGGAUAAUCUGAUCCCGGCGUCGCAGCUGAAAAACACCAACCACAAACUGAUGCUGGAGGUCGACUGCGACUCGGAGAAAUCCAACUUCAUUCACAAAAACUAUCACUUGGACCCGUUGGACGCGUUGGACCCGUAUCACAAACACAAGGACUUUAAGGACGGGAACUCGCACAUGGACAACACGUUUAUUUAUGACAAAUGUUUAGAAGACAAAAGGACUUCAGGAUUUUACAGGGAGAAGCCGGAGUGUGGAGUCUCCACCGUCUGCUCCAGAGACUCCAUGUACCAGUCUGUGUAUGUGAUCGAGGAGCGGCGGGAGUGCGUCAUAGCAACAGAGGUAUAAUCAACAAAGAAUCUGGAGACUGAACUCGGAGCGAGACAAACUCUGUAUUUGUUUACAAAAGGCCGAGAGGAGGCGCCACUGCUGCUCCAGACUCUGAGGACUGGAAAAAACUCUACAAAACGGACAAACUGAACGUGGAGUUUUGUUUGAGCGAAGGACCUCGAUAAAACUGAUGCAACGUCAAACCUUUAUUUAUGAAAUCGUCAGCCAUUUUGGACGGAUUCUGCCGCCAGACCGGAGCCCGGGAAUUGCCUUUUUUUGUGAUAAUCAAGACGUUUUUUUCAGCCAAUCAGUGAACACCUGUGCCUACACCGCCCCCUACGGACCACGCCCACCAGCUUCACCCGCUAUGCAAAAACCAACACCACCCAACCUCCACCACGCUGAAUGUUUGAGACGAGAAAACUGUCGAAACGCUGCAGGAACUAAGUCUUAAAAUGACCUGAAAAUAUCACAAAGUAAAUAAAUGUUAAAAAAAAGAGCAUUUAAAUAAAUUUACAUGAAGUUUCGACGUUAGAUUUAUAGAAUUAUAUCAGUUAUUUGCCAGAAAUGUCUCAAAACAAACCAAAUAAUCCGAGUUUAAAUGUCAAAAGUCAAAGUGAACAUUGUGAUUUCAGGUCGUUUUAAGUUUAGAUUUUGACGCCGUGACUGAGGGUUGGACUUUAAACUCCUGAAGGUGAAGAUUGAAGCCUUAAAAUGAAACAGAACAGAACGAAACGAGGAGGGAAAAAACGGAAACUGGCUCUGUCGCUUCACUCGGAUCAGCACCAGAGAAAAUAUCCAUCAUUUUUGGGGGAAAAUUAGAUUUUAAUCAGUAAAAAAAGUUUAAAAUCUCUGAAUGAAAUGACAGAGAAAGAGCCGUUUGAAAAGAGCCGUUUGAAAAGAGCCGUUUGAAAAGAGCCGUUUGAAAAGAGCCGUUUGAAAAGUGCUUUAUGAAAAAAAAAAAAAAACGUUCACUGCAAAAACAAAAUGCCUUGAAUUCAGAAUUUUGAUUUGAAUGUUUUUGGUUUUAUUUUUCCAACGCUCUGCCUUUGGGGUAAAAUAUACGACCGUAAAGAUGCACUGUGUAACUUUUACUGUGGAUGUCGCCUGUUUGUCUCCAUGGAAACGCCAUUGCCUCGCCUGAAAGGUUCCACAGCAUGUCAUUAAACACAUCUGUACUUGCUUUUACACAAGUACAAGUGUUUUUAUUGUUUUAAAAUGUCCAGGACUGUAACUCCGGUCUCCAUGGCGACACAGACGUUUAAU